AGUCCGUUAUAAGUCUAGGUACCUCUUACCUCCAUGUAAAGUACCUAAGUUAAAAGAGUGGAACCGGAACGGGUUGCCCCAGUUCUUUGUAGCACCAAGUAAAGACCUAAAGCCCCAAGGCCCCAAGGCUUUUGAACGGUUUGAACGGUCCAGCCACUCGUCGACGAAAUUCCUACCCGUUGAUUUCCCUCCCAUGUACAUCUUAUACCUACCGUCGGCCGCCGGGUGUUAUGUUGACCGUUACAACCGCCGAGUCGGUCAUCUACUACUGCGACAUUGUACGCAAUUGUACUUGUGAGCCUCUAGCACCAAGUCGGUAAGCGGGCAUCUCGAUCUUUUUUUUCGGCGGGCGGAGAAAAAAUAUAAAAAAAAGUUCGAGAUGGAUCCAGCUUCACUUGACCCACGUCUUCGUGAUGCCGGUGAGGACUCAAUUGUCGUCAAUGGUCCAACGAAUACGCUAUCAUCUCAAGUCGCCGCCGCAGGAAUCCCCGCAUCAAUAUCAACAUCAGCAUCGUCUUCAUUAUCAUCAAAACCUACACCAGUCCAAACAUCAACACAACCAGAACUCCCCGAUUCACCACUUCAACAGCAGCUUCAAGCUCAGGCAGCUGGUCCGUCACCACCAGCUUCCACGACCGGCUUCACCCCCCAAACCCCGAACGGUCAUUCGCAUUCGGCCAACAGCGAUACUCCCAAUGCGGUGCAUGAUCCAAACGAUCCUAAGCGGCCGCGGGCCUGCGAAGCUUGUCGUGGGUUGAAGGUGAAAUGUGAGCCUGAUCCCGCGAACCCGGAUGGACCAUGUAAGAGAUGUGCAAAGGCAGGGAGGAACUGCAUCGUGACGCAGCCCACGCGUAAAAGGCAGAAAAAGACGGAUAGCCGUGUCGCAGAACUGGAGAAGAAAAUAGAUGCUUUGACUGCAAGCCUCCAGGCGAGUAGAGGAACAACUAACAAUGCUGUCCAUCCGCCCCCAUCGGAGGACCAUGCCUUCGGAUACAAUCAUACUGCACCCGCAAGAGAUUGGGGCGCUCCGCCUCGAGAUACUCAACCUCAGCCUCAACCUCAACCCCAAUCCCAAUCCCAUCCCGUUGCCUCGCCCGAGAAGCGUCCAAUCGCACCACCGACAACAAUGGCCGGUCAGAAACGAAAGUUCGCCGAAUCGAUACCUGGCUCUCCUGGUGUGGCCAGUGCUUCGCCAGCAGCACCUAAGUCUAGCGUUGGAUCAGAGCAGCAGCCGCCAGAUAUAGUCGAUCGUGGGUUAAUAACCAUGAGCGAAGCCACCGCCCUUUUCACCCGCUAUAUGGAAGAUAUGGUACCUCAUCUACCGGCAGUCGUCUUUCCCGAAGGCACGACUGCCACCGAAAUCCGUAAGACGAAACCGAUCUUAUUCCUCGCUGUUAUUGCAGCUGCCUCAUCCGAGACACCGAAGAUUCAACGUCAGUUAGUUAAGGAGAUCAUGCAGAUAUUCGCCGAUCACAUCAUCAUCUCGGGCAAGAAAUCCUUGGAAUUGGUUCAGUCGAUCCUCGUCAGCGUCAUCUGGUACUAUCCACCUGAGCAUUUUGAGGAGCUGAAGUUUUACCAGUUCGUACAUUUGGCGGCUGUCAUGUCAAUCGACAUUGGCUUGGGCAGGAGGAAGUAUAAUCCAAAGUCGAGACUCGUACCGUAUACCUGGCGCGACCAUCCUUUCAGACAACAGCCCCUCCCAGACCCUACCUCGAUCGAAGCACGACGGACGUGGCUCGCAGUUUACUUCCUUUCUUCGAAUGUAUCGAUGGCAUUGCACCGUCCGAACCUGAUUAGAUGGCAGUCGUUUAUGACCGAGUGUAUGGAUAUCCUAGAAUCUUCUCCAGAUGCGGCACCCACGGAUAGGUAUCUCUGUCAUCUUGUCUGGACGCAUCGACUCGCCGAGGACGUAGGCAUCCAAUUCUCAAUGGAUGAUCCCAGUGUCUUUGUUAAUGUCUCAGAGCAAAAAGUACAGUAUGCGCUUCGAGGAUUCGAACGUGACCUCUCUAAGUAUAGCGAGUCUAUCCCUAAAUCAGAUAAGAGGCCAUCCCUUGUACUUGGUUUCCAUGUACUCAACCUGUAUAUGCACGAAAUCGCAUUACACGUUGAUAAGAGUGCAGAUGAAUAUCGACCUCCCUGUAACGCUGAUUCUCUUCGGGAACCAAUUCCAGGUUUAGAUGAUUCUCUAACCCCGUCUCAUAUCAGCGCUCUAUCGUCAUGUCUUACCGCCAUUGAUGGCAUUUUCGAGACCUUUCUGUCUAUGGACGUCCAUAGCAUCCGUUGUAUCCCGAUCUUUAGUUUCGUUCGGGUCGCGUAUGCCGUGGUCGUGUUAAUAAAAAUGUAUUUCAGCGCCAGCAACUCGGAUUCCGAAUUAGGUAAAGUCAUUAACAAGGACAAUAUGAAGGUUGCCGAGUAUCUCGAGAAGCUGCUCGAGAAAUUUCGAGAGGUUGCAGCAUCGGACAAGUCACGACCUGCUAGUAAAUUCCUCCUUGUUUUGGCCAUGUUGCGUAAUUGGUUUUAUAGGCAGGGCCAGGCUCAAGGCAAGGCAGGCCAAAGCGAUGAAGAGUCGGAGCUUGUGGCAGCCCAUCAUGCUAAGAGGUCGGCAUCUCCAAGGGACGAUAGUAACGACGUAGGCAUACAUUUACAACAACAGCAGCAACAGCAGCAACAACAUCAGCAACAACAUCAACAUCGGUCAAAUCCCGAACCAACGAACACCCCCCUCCAACUACUUUCAGAAAUAGCAACCGGCAACGGCCCACCACGUAACAACGGCUCGAAUCCACCUCCGCCCGGUGUAGAUAGCAACGACGCACAGGCGUUUCAAGCGUGGCUGCGCGCGGCACCGCAGCCCCACCAGCCCUUUAUGUACGACCCGACGGGUGGUCCGCCACCAAGGGGGAAUUUACAAAUGGGACCGGGACCGGGGCCGGGACCAGAACAAUCGUUAAUGCCUUGGAUGGCCUCGCCAUUCGGGCCUAAUGAUUUCGAUUACGGCAGUCUCGGAGACGGGUUUGAGCAGGCUCUCGGGCUCACACUAACGGGAUUUGGCGGUGGCAGCCCCGGCGACCCGGUCUCGUACGAGGAUACUAUGCGCUAUAUGAUGCAGAACGAUAUGCUCGGGCCCCUUCCAGUAUCCGAGAGCUUUGCUCCAAACCCCCCACCCCAGAACGGUCCUAAUGGGAAUUUCUUCCAGUUCUAAAAACCACCUUGAUGAGAACCGAAUUACUUGUACUACUACUACGUUAAGCCUACUCGCUCUCUAAAUAUGUGUUGGGAAGACAAGAAGAAUAUAAGAGAAAGACGGAAAAGGAGAUACGUUGAGAGAGGAACCAAAAGGGAAAAAAAUGGACGUUUCGGCAACUCUCCACUUCGCUGCCGCCUCUCCGCCUCUAUGGUUCAUUUCAUCCAUCGUUGCUACAGCGUUGCACGCAUGUGCUUACAUAUCUACAUACGCGCUACAUACACAGCUUGCUUGCUUGCUAGGGCGUCGGAACUAGGAUUUGCUUUCGGGGGCCGGAUAUAUACUCGCGUGACGGGAUUACGUGCGGUGCACUGGCGUAAUGCUUUUCUCUUUGCUAUCGGCUGAAGUCCUGGUAGGUCGUGAACAGGAGGUGUUUGGGUCGGGCGUAUGGAGACGUUUGAACGAGUCCAAAUGAUUGCCUGUGUUCUCCCGAUAUACUUGAAAGGGUAGCGUAAAAUAUUCACUUGUAGUAGAAAGACCGAAUUGCCACUAUUGUUAAUCUAUCGCGCAGUCAUUGCCAAUUAGCUC